GGUCCUGAGUGGGUGAAGCAGCGGUCCCUGGAAACAGUUCCGGGAAACCCCGCGUGUUGCCGGGGUCGCGCUGCCGUCCAUGAGGAGAAGGAGGAGCGCGCGCCAUUUGCCGUCGCUGCUUGGGCCCGAGCUGCGCCGUGCAGGCCCCGCUCCGCAGCAUAAUAAAAUGGCUAAUCAGGUGAAUGGUAAUGCGGUACAGUUAAAAGAAGAGGAAGAACCAAUGGAUACUUCCAGUGUAACUCACACAGAACACUACAAGACACUGAUAGAGGCAGGCCUCCCACAGAAGGUGGCAGAGAGACUUGAUGAAAUAUUUCAGACAGGGUUGGUAGCUUAUGUCGAUCUUGAUGAAAGAGCAAUUGAUGCUCUUAGGGAAUUUAAUGAAGAAGGAGCCCUCUCUGUAUUACAGCAGUUUAAAGAAAGUGACCUGUCGCAUGUACAGAACAAAAGUGCAUUUUUAUGUGGAGUUAUGAAGACCUACAGGCAAAGAGAGAAACAAGGCAGCAAAGUACAGGAAUCAACAAAGGGACCAGAUGAAGCAAAGAUCAAGGCUUUGCUAGAGAGGACUGGUUACACUUUGGAUGUAACUACAGGACAGAGGAAAUAUGGGGGCCCUCCUCCAGAUACUGUAUAUUCUGGUGUUCAGCCUGGUAUUGGAACAGAGGUCUUUGUUGGUAAGAUUCCUCGAGACUUGUAUGAAGAUGAAUUGGUACCACUCUUUGAGAAAGCUGGUCCAAUUUGGGAUCUGCGGCUUAUGAUGGAUCCUCUUUCUGGUCAAAACAGAGGUUAUGCUUUUAUUACCUUUUGUAGCAAAGAUGCAGCUCAGGAAGCAGUCAAACUGUGUGACAACUAUGAAAUCCGUCCUGGGAAGCACCUUGGAGUAUGCAUCUCUGUGGCAAACAACAGAUUAUUUGUUGGGUCAAUUCCAAAGAACAAGACUAAGGAAAACAUAUUGGAAGAGUUUAGUAAAGUCACAGAGGGUUUGGUGGAUGUAAUCUUGUAUCACCAACCUGAUGAUAAAAAGAAGAAUCGAGGAUUCUGCUUCUUGGAAUAUGAGGAUCACAAGUCAGCAGCACAAGCUCGACGUCGCUUGAUGAGUGGGAAAGUAAAAGUCUGGGGAAAUGUCGUAACAGUGGAGUGGGCUGAUCCAGUAGAAGAACCUGAUCCAGAAGUCAUGGCAAAGGUGAAAGUUUUAUUUGUAAGAAACUUGGCCACCACUGUGACGGAAGAAAUUCUUGAGAAAUCCUUUUCUGAAUUUGGGAAGCUGGAAAGAGUAAAGAAAUUAAAGGACUAUGCUUUUGUUCAUUUUGAGGACAGAGGUGCAGCAGUGAAGGCUAUGAAUGAAAUGAAUGGAAAAGAAAUAGAAGGGGAAGAAAUUGAAAUAGUGUUAGCAAAGCCACCGGAUAAGAAAAGGAAAGAACGUCAGGCUGCCAGGCAGGCCUCCAGAAGUACUGCGUAUGAAGACUAUUAUUACUACCCUCCACCUCGUAUGCCACCUCCUAUUAGAGGCAGAGGCCGUGGAGGGAGAGGUGGAUAUGGCUAUCCCCCAGAUUACUAUGGCUAUGAAGAUUAUUAUGAUGAUUAUUAUGGUUAUGACUAUCAUGACUACCGUGGUGGCUAUGAAGAUCCCUAUUACGGCUAUGAUGAUGGCUAUGCUAUAAGAGGAAGAGGAGGAGGAGGAAGGGGUGGGAGAGGUGCCCCUCCACCACCUAGGGGGCGGGGAGCACCACCACCAAGAGGUAGAGCUGGCUAUUCACAGAGGGGGGCACCCAUGGGACCACCGAGAGGAGCUAGGGGUGGGAGAGGGGGUCCUGCACAGCAGCAGAGAGGACGUGGUGCUCGUGGAGCCAGGGGCAACCGUGGGGGCAAUGUAGGAGGCAAGAGAAAGGCAGAUGGGUACAACCAGCCUGAUUCCAAGCGUCGUCAGACCAACAACCAGCAGAACUGGGGCUCCCAACCCAUCGCUCAACAGCCGCUCCAGCAAGGUGGUGACUAUGCCGGUAACUAUGGUUACAAUAAUGACAACCAGGAAUUUUAUCAGGAUACUUAUGGGCAGCAGUGGAAGUAGACAAGUGAGGAGGGAUUGAGAAUUUUGGAAACAUAGAAUUGGCUAUAGCUCUACAUCCUUCAAAACGAAAUUGGCUUAAUGUUUCAUCCUUCAGUAGCGAUUGGCUGCCAUUUGUAUUGGGCUGAAGAAUCACUCUUGUGUAUAUACUCGAGUCUCUUAGUUUUCUUUUUUCAUAAAUGCACUUGGACAUUACUGGGCUUGCAGAAUUCCUGAACUCCAUAAGGGGUUUCAAUGCUUUUAUCAUUUUAGGCUUCAUUUUAGCAGUUUAAAAGCAGGAAUGGCACACUGUUCAAUCAUGAUUUUGCAGAACCUCUGGUUUUGGACAGUUUUUUUUUUUUUUUGGAUUUGGGAUAGACUACAUAGGAGUAUGCUGUACAUAAAAGUAAAAGCUAGUGCUUUGUCUUAGUAGUUUUAAGAAAUUACAACAAAUUAAGUUUUCUUGUAUUGAAAAUAACAUGAUUGUAUGUUUUGCAUUCCUAGAAGUAGGUUAACUGUGUUUUUAAAUUGUUAUAACUUCACACCUUUUUGAAAAUCUGCCCUACAAAAUUUGUUUGGCUUAAAACGUCAAAGCCGUGGCAAUUUGUUCCUUGAUGUGAUUGUAUUUCCAAUUUCUUGUUCAUGUAAGAUUUCAAUAAAACUCAAAAAUCUAUUCAAAACAUUACCUAUUUCAAAUUCAAUUGUGUCCUAAAACAUUAUUUCAUUGGUAAUUCUUGCGAAAAACAUUGUUUUCAAAGUAUAACUGCCUAUGUGAGUGAUCAAAUUCAUGCAAAAUUUCUUGUGCUUUCCAACAUGUAGCACUGUGGACAUCAGUCUGAAACUAGGAGAAAUUACAGAUGGCCCAAAGGGCACUCUAUUUAAUUGCUGUUCAGUAACUUACCAGCAUCUAACUUUUUUAAUCUUUUUUUUUUCUUUUUAUUUGUUGAAAUGUAUCCAAACAUUGAUGGAGAUCCAAUUCAAAUAUAAUUCAUUAAUGUAAUGUGGAGAAGGAAGCAGAGCCUACAAUAGUGUUAAUUUUGUUCCUCUUUGCUAUGUAGCUAUGUAUUGUGGAGUCCCUCUGGAGGCUAUUCUGUUAGAAUAUAGCCAUAUUGUAUUACUCACUGUACAAACAGGGAAAUGGUUUUGAUCUCAAGCAUGUUAGUUUAACUUAAGGUAGAGUUUGAGUAGGGAUAAGAACUAACAAAUUAGGUGCUGUGGCACAGUAAACUGACUUUUCGCUGCAGAUAACGCAAACAUACUCUCCAUAUUCUACCUAAUUCUGUCUUGACGUUUUAAUUUGAUGUUCUGCCAUGAUGAACAAUUUGCCGUAGAAUUCUCAUGCCUUGUAACAAAGGCUGUUUAAAAAAUACAUCUUUUGUGGAGACUACUAGCUACAUUAUUGGGGUAUUAUGUGAUGCUUUUAUGGACCCUUGCAUUGGACAUUCCCAGAUGUCAAUUUAAACUGGCAAGUUAUGACAUUCUUCUGUUGCAUCUGAGCCAUUCUGUACCCCAAUGAAGAACAUUUGCUUCUCAAGAAAGAGAGAAACAAAAAGGAUUAAAACUUACUCUAAAGAAAA